AUGUUGUCCAGGAAUUUCCUCAAGGCACUGUGUAACUCGAGCCCACACCACCACCGUAACUGGUCUUCAGUAGCCUCAUGGGUCAACAACCGGAGUCGAAGCAGCAGCUCCAGACAACUCCACUGCUCUCGAACCUGUUCCUCACACAAGGUUCUUGGUGAUUCCAAUCUCGCGGUUGGCCACUCUCGAUUCCUCGCCGAAGCUCCUGCACAUACGCCUUGGCGACAUGCCGGCCUGGGCAGCAUAAACGGCGACAAUCCGGACGACCUUUCCCAAGAUGAGUUUGACGGAGUCGGUAACGGGAGAGGAAAGAUUCUACCGACCUCUUCCCAUCUCUUCAAACUCAUCCUUCCACUCGGUGAUCUCUCACAUCCAAAAAACCAGCACACCAAGCCAGAGACACCCGGACAGAUCGAGCCCGCCAAGUCAUCCGUCCCACCCACAGUCAUCCUCCUUCAUCCUUCACAGCCUCUCUCGCAUGUCGGUCGUCUCAUCACCAUGUCCCUCGCUCCAGCGGCUCCAGUCGUCUCUUUUCGAAGCACGUCAGCCGGCGGUCAGGCUUUUCAAUGGUCAGAUUCCACAGAUGUUGGUGACUUCAUUCGCGACGCAGCCCGUUCGGCAGAGUUCACGAUAUGUAUAUCAUACAACCCAAGUGACAGUCUGAGAAACACACUACUCGAGCAAGAGACCAGCCGCCGUAUACCCGUCAACAAGGAUUCGACGACGAAGCAGUCAGAGGAUAAGGGCGUAGUAGAAACAGUCAUAACUGUCGAAGUCCCAACGUUCACAGAUCGCACGCGAUACCUUCGUCGGAGACUCAAAGCAAUCGAGCAGCGUCUUCAUGAAAUGGAGCUCCUGAAGAAGGAAUGCGAUCGAGAGGCACAUCGAGGAGCACGGAGGAUGGCUCUAACUGGAUUCGGUGCACUCGUAGUGUAUUGGGCAGCUGUAGCCAGGUUGACGUUUUGGGAUUACGGCUGGGACAUUAUGGAACCCAUUACAUAUCUUUCAGGACUGUCGACUGUCAUCCUAGGUUACCUUUGGUUCCUCUACCAGGGUCGAGAAGUUUCGUACUCUUCUGUCCUUGCACAAUCCAUAUCGAGGCGAAGAGACGCCUUGUACAGGUCCAAAGGACUGGAUAUCGCCAAGUGGGAAGAGCUUGUGAGCGAGAGGAGGGCCUUGAAGAAGGAAAUCGGUCGAAUUGCAGAGGAUUACGAGGAUAGGUUACCGAGGGACACGUCUCAGGACGAGUCAGAAGAGGCAAAGGCCACAGAAGUCGAGAAGGAGUCUCUCACAUCGGAGGGCGUCGUGGAGAAGAUCGAGAAGGGGGAAGAACCAGGGAAAGCAGGAAGGAUUUAG